UGUUUUUUUCUGAAAGUGUGAUUUAAAUUCAUUUUCUCUCCUUCUCCCCCACUCUAUUUUUAAUACUAAAUUACAAUGUUUGGAGCUCUUCGUCAAUUCGCUAUUGAAAGACCUACCAUUUUCUGGUCUUUUGUUCUUGGCACUGCCGGUCCUGUCAUGGUCUUUACCGUUCCCAAGGUCAGACGUGAAUACUUUGGAUUCAAGGGUUAUGAACAACUUCCCAUUACAUACCCUCUUCCUAACCGUGCCCGUGUUGCCACUACCGGUUACGAAGAUAGCGCAUAAAAAAAAAUAAAAAGUUAGAAUAAAUGUUUGUUUUAUGGGUAAUUA